UCGCUUAAAUCGAAUGUAAUCAUUUUUGCAUCAGAUUACAAACUUUGAAUUCUUUAGCCCCACCCUAAGAUAGCGAAGGAUCAUCAAUCACGCAGAAAAGUAAAAGAUAAUUUAGAUUAGAUAAGAAUGUUGUAUAUUAGUUCCACUAGACCAUGUUAUCCUCACACUUUUAUCCAGUCGCUCCAAUCCUACAUUAGAAUUAUAUUCACGGAUAAACACGCUCCUAAGAAUCAUGAAAAUUAUUCUCAUCUGCACGAUAUUUACCCUGCUCAUUUUUGGCAGUGAUGCAACCGAAAAUCCGGACAUGAACGUGACCGAGGUUCAAGUCUUCAUCGUCUACGCGUACAACUUGCCCGACAGGGACGACGGAAACGAUAUUAACGACCCCUUCUUGCAAAUAAAGGACAGCGCAGGUCGAGAAGUAUUCAGAUCACCUACGCAGGACAAUGUCCAACUACCAGUUUUUGAUCCCGUAUCUUUUAACGUGUUUUCCAGCGAGGUGUACAAUAUCGAAGUCCGUGACAAUGAUGUAGGUCCCGACGAUAGUCUGGGGUCGGUCGCUGUACCAGGAAGAAAUUUAGUUGGGGGACUGCACCGAUUAAGUAACCCGGUUGGCGGAUCGGUUGAAUUUUUAUGGAAGUAUCCCACCCAACAACCCCCCACGACCACAACCACGACCACUACCACGACACCGAGAACAACCAUAACCACCACGACGACCACGACUACCCAGAGAACCACGACUACUCCAACUACAACCACGCCUCGAACCACCACAUGGGGAAGACCCAGUCCACCGGGACCUUGUAGUGGAGAUCGGUGUAACGGGCAUGGAAGGAUAAAAGGUAGUCUGGGUGCAUUGGGGUCAAUUAACGUGGCAUUGGCAUUGUUCGCCAGAAUUGUGAUAACACUGUGAUCAUGAUGCGAACAGGCUUAUCAUGUAUUACAUAAUGUAUUAUAUAACAUAUUGUGGAGUGGAAUAUAUGUACAUAUGGAACUUCAAUAAAACCUUUCUUUGGACUAUGAUCAAUUAAA